CCACCUGUGCGCGUCCGUGCGGUUCACGCCCUUCUCUCGCUAUGCCUCGCCGUUGCUACUUCUCUCUCUUUUUCUCUCUCUCUCUCUCUCUCUCCCUCUCGUCCUCCGCAUGCCCGCUAACGGUGAAUCCGAAACGUGCGCGCGAGGUAUCGCCGAUGAAGUUGGGCGGUCGAAGGGCAGGCAGACAACGGGCAACAUCUAGUAAUGGCGCGUAAUUCCAUUCGGCUCGCCCUCGAUGCGGCCAGCGGACCCCUAAAGCCAUCUGGCGGCGCCGAGCAAAGUGAUCGGGGUGGAACAGGCGCGGGCGAUACGAACUUAGAGGAGCAUGCAGGGGAAUACGGAGGCGGAUAAGUCUCAUCAAACUUCGAUUGAAUUAAUCGGUGAAUAAUAAGAGGAAUUUCCAACGCCAAUUUCCAGCUCUGCAACUAGUCGUGGUCAAAUCUUCAUCUGAGAAGAGAAUUUAAAUAUUCGAUAUCAAGUUGAUAAGUGUUGCAGCCUCUUUAUGAGAUUUUUACACCGAGUUUUUUACACUAGUGCAGAAAGUUCAGUUAAGAGAAAGAGAUUUUUUGGUUAUGUCACGUAUCGAGGUUAUCCUCGUCGGCGGGGACCCGUGAUUUAAAUCUAACAAUUCGAGGUGAUAUUUGUUCAUAAGAAUGGCACGUUUAUUUAACAUACUUGCCGCCAAAGAAUUGAUGAGGAUUCAGAUUGCCAGAUAUAGUAGUAAGAAGGCGGACCAUUGGGCUGUGAUCAAGAGAAAAAAGACAGCAAAGUACAUAGCGCUGAGACACUUUGACGAAUUUUACAGUACUGUUUACAAGAGGAAAUGGGAAUCCAUAAAAGAAGCAUUGUUGCAGGAAGAACACAAGUACAUGGCUGUCGUGAAUAGCUUCAGCGAUAUAGACAGGAUAAAAAUGGAGCUAGAGUUGCAAGGUGCCAUGAACUUGAAGACGAUUUAUCAAACUUAUAAGACAGAACUUGAUGAGACUCCACAUAAAUCUACUAGAAAAAGGAAGAAGAAAAAUAUGAAGGGGAGCCAAAAGAUAGAGUCUGUAAUUGCAGAUAUUCAACUGAACACAAUACAGUCGCAUUAUCCUGCAGAUUAUGAAUCGAAACCUACAGCUAUAAGCACAGCGGAUGAGGAUGAGGAUAUUGUACAAGAACGUGGUAGACUGCAACCAGUAGAGAUGAAGUCUAUCGAAUUCAGUGAGAAUGACGUAAAGCUGGAUGAGAAUCGCAUUGUGCAUCCCAAUGCUGGUUUGAGCGGAUUGUACGAAUUUAUGCCAGCUACACAGAUUAAAGGAACGGACGACUGGGUGUUAGAGUCGCAACACUACGGCUACUACAAUCAAGGUGCGGAUUUCUCGGUGAAGAUUGAGAAAGAACCAAUAUUAACGUUUCCGGAAUACCUCAACAUAUACACGUUCGAGGAGGACAAUUACAGCAAAUUCCCACCACCCAAGAAAGGAUCCACCAACGUUCUGGAUUACUAUCUCUUGGACGGUGCCUCCAUAUUACCAGUACUUGCUUUGGACUUACAACCCGGUGACGCUGUGUUAGACAUGUGCGCAGCACCCGGAGGAAAAGCUCUCACGAUUCUUCAGACGUUUAUGCCGCGUUUGUUGAUCGCUAACGACAUACAGUUAUCUAGAGUAAAGAGGAUACAGAAUGUCAUAAAUCAGUAUGUGGACAACAUUGGUCAAUGGCAGGAUAGAUUGCGUGUGACCCAUCAAAACGCGAGAUUGAUCGAAGAUAAGGAUAUCUAUAACAAGAUCCUAGUGGAUGUACCGUGCACCACGGACCGACAUGUGCUGCACUGCGACGAGAACAACAUUUUCAAGGCGACGAGGAUACAGGAGAGAUUGCAGUUGCCAGAACUGCAGGCGGAUAUUUUGACUAACGCGCUGAAGAUAAUAUCUGUUGGCGGCACGGUCGUUUAUUCGACGUGUUCUCUCAGCCCCAUCCAGAACGACGGUGUGGUCGGCAUGGCGCUGAAGAAAGCCUGGGAGGAGACCAAUUCGAUCAUGGUCGUAAAGGACAUGAGGAAAGCUCUGGAGCCGUUGAACUGCCUGUACAAAUUCGGAAAUUUCGGUUUGAGAUACGGCCACAUCGCCAUUCCAACACUCCAGAACAACUGGGGACCCAUGUAUUUCUGCAAGAUAGUACGGGUUCGGUAAUACAGACUAUGUUAUGGCACUCGGCGUGUGACGUUCCCCUGCGUGACUCUAUUUCUUGUUGGCACCCUUUAGAGGUAACGUUUGAUCGCCU